AUGAUAAAGCCGAAACAACUGGCUACUUUAUUGAAGCAAGCGGUAGAGGAGAGCAUGCCCAAUGUCAUGGUAUUCACUAGUACUGGCUCUUUAAUUUCAUAUGUAUCCUACGGUGAACCAGACGAUGCCCUCCAGCGAUUAGAUUUGGUGAAGAAAAUUCGAUCAACUUCUGCUUUAGCAGGAAAUAUAUACUCAUUAUAUUCAGGAACGAACCCCAGCCCGUUAGUAGCCGAAUCUACAGAUGACAUUAUCGCUCAUCAACGGGACGUCCUCUUUGAAACUAUAAUCGAAUUUGAAAAGGGAAAGCUACUGAUAGCAGCUAUUCCCACGGAAGGCUACCAUGACUUAUUGAUGUCUAAAGAGCCUUUACUGCUUAGUAUCGUAGGAACUGAACAUGCCAAGGAGGGUAUGAUGCAGCUGAAAUCCGAAAGGCUCAAAGAUGCUAUAACGAACGAGCUUUCUACUAUUGGGAAUCUCGGAUGA